AUGGCGGUAUUCAAAAAAUUAAAGAAAAAUAAAGACAAAGGAAUGCCACUUCCUGAACCUGAACCUGUUAAACAACUUGACAAAAGGAUGGGAAUGGAUACAUAUAGGUUAGUUAUUUUUUGAUAUUUGUUUUCAAUAGGAUUUGAAUUAUUUUUUGAAACAAUACAUAGAGAUUAUCCUCUUAUUGAAGAUUUAUUCGGCCAAUGUUCAAAAAGAGAACAAGUCUGAACAAUUGAAUCAGAAAUCAGAGAAAUUUCGUGAUUUCGAAAAAAAAUUGAUUUGAAACAAAUAAAAAACAUUGAAUUCCACAUGAACCAAAAUUGAGCUUUCCUACGUUUUAGAAUUACUUUCUUUUUUGAAAAUGAUAAUUUUUUUCAAGAAUUAAUUUUGGAAAUCAAAGAGUCACGCUCAAAAAUUUCAAAAAUUUCUUUGUCUUUAUUUUUGAGCUUUGAAUGUUCAAGAAUUGCAAAAUCUCUUUUUAGAUUUCUGACUGAAGUGUCUAACCUGAAAUCCAGACAGAUUUUUGAUUCUUCAGUUGUGAUCAUCAUUAUCAUAAGAAAAAACCACCUUGUCAAAAAACGCCCUGGAAAGUGAGAAAAACAACUCUUAUCAGUCUGGAUUUUUUUCAAAGUUACAGUUUUUUUGGGUUGAUAAUGAUGAUGAUCUCAUGUUUUUGGAGUAAACAAUAAUGUGAAUCUGUCUGGAAAUCACAUGAUCAUGAUAUUGUACCAGAGAAGUUAAGCGGAUUAUUCGGACCAAAAAUUGAAAAACUAAAGUUGAAACAAGAUUAUCACAUGUUUUUUGAUGAAUAUUUUGAAAAGGUUUGAGAAUCCUUGGAACCGAAUGUUCAAAUGAAACAUGAAAAUAACACAACUCUUACAUAGAAAGAACCCAGAAUUUGAAAUGUUCCAAUUUUCACAAUCAAUAAUCAAUAAAUCAAUAUUUUCCAGAGACUUCUUCACACUCAAAAACUAUUGGAAAGCAAUUGAUCGAAAACGAGCAGAUUCUGGACAAUAUAUGUUCAGCAAGUGAGUUUUCCUUUCAAUUUUUCCUUCAAAACCCCUCAAAAUACUAUGCGAAUGAUUACGUAGUAAACAUUUGUGUGAGAAGAAAAUUUGUAUUUCUUCUCACACACAAUUCAAUAAUACACCGGAUUAUGCUCAUUGAAACGAAAGAAGAAGAAAAAGAUUAGAAUGAAUCUGUUAUUGUUUUUAAGAAUUUCUGAAAAUUCUUGGGUCUCUCGAUUAUUUUGACGUCCAAGGACAGACAAUACCGUUUUGUACGGGCAAAAGCACUUUGAACCAAAUUGACGUUUUGUCUGUCUGACCAAAGGAAAAAUAAACUCUCAACUCCCACGUAUUAGGAAAUGUUGCGAUUUGCGUGAGAAAAUCCUGAUAAUUCAUGUUGUUAGUUCAAAGAUGGAAAAAUUUCAAAUCAAAUUAAAUCAAAUCAACCCAACGUCAUAGAUUUUCUCCAAAAUUAAUUCAUAAAUCAUUGUCAAACAAUUUGAUUUGAUUAAUUUUUUGAUUAUCACCUCAGACACCCAAUUUUGACGUAAAAGGAAAUGCAAAUUACCCUAGAUACUUCCUCAUUUUCGCCACAUUGAAAUGAAAAACAUAUGUUUACUAAAAAUAGAAAACUCAAUUUGAAUAAAGAAAUAAAUGAAUGUGGUGGAAUUCAAUUUGAAGAAAUUAUGUAGAAUCUGGCAAAUUCUGACUGAUUGUGAGGUGCUGAUUUGCGUGCAAAAAUAUAUUUUUCGUGGGCGAUUUUUGGAAGUUUAUUUUGGUAAUCAGACUAAGUUUUGUAAACUUUUUCGGAAAUUCAGGAAAUUGCUGAACUUUCCAGUUCCAUCCAUGAUAACAUUUUAAAUUUGUUAGCUCUCACAGUAAUUUGUGGUUCUUUGAAAUUGUUAACCUAAUCCAAUGAAUUCCCCUCGAAAAAAAAACAUAUUCACAAUUCAAGACAUUUUGAGGUCUCUAUGGUGAUCGGUGAGAAAUACGUAAUCAUUUUUUCUACCUUUCCUCCUCUACCUCAGCCACUUUGUCUUCAACACUCUCAAUUUUCUUUCUCUCUCUCUUUUCUUACCUCAAAAAAAGAAAAAGAAAAGCAAAGAAGAAGAAGAAGGCGUGGCCACCCGGCCGGCGGAUACACUUUGUGCGUGUAUAUUUUCUCGGAGCUCGUGAGCUCGAUUCAUUCAUUCAUUCACUUCAUUUACUAUCUGUUGUCUAUAUGGGAAGUGGCGCGUCAAAAGGUUCAGCGGCUGCUAAAAAACCGCCGGAUCCGGAACCACAACCAGCUGCUGAAACGCCAACUGUGGACUCGAGAUUACCUUAUCCUAACUUUCGAGAGCUUUUCACUUUGAAAAAUUAUUGGAAAACUAUCCGCAGAAAUGAGAAAGAUUGCGGGAAAAUCAUGUUAGGAAAGUGAGUGUGAACUUAUCUUGAAUUCAGUUCUUAGAAGUCAUUGGAACUGUCUCAUUUUUAUCAAAAGUUCAGUUUCAAAAAAAAUCUUGAAAAAUGAAACGUGACAUUUUUAUCAGACCAAUCACCAUCAACAUAGGUUCAAACAACUUUAUUUUCAGAUAUCUCAAUGAUUUUCCGGAAAACAAAGAGUUGUAUGCAAAAUUGAAAAAUGUGAAAGCCGAUACAGUUGAUAUGAAUUGUAGUGAUCCCGGUUUUGAAGCAAUAUCAGCCACGUAUCUCAAAGUAAGUCAAAAAACCACACAUAUCUAACUUAUGAAUAAAUCUAAUUUAUUUUGUUUAGGUGUUUGAUGAUGUUAUUACUGCUGUUGAAGAGAAACCAGGUGACGUGCAAACAGCUUGUGAUAGGUUACAUUCAGUGGGAAAAAUGCAUAGGACAAAGGUGAGUACAGUAUCCAGCAUUUUGUAGUUUUUUUCUUGUUAUUCUAAAAGGACACGCUACAAAAUGUGUUUUUUCAAUUUCGCGUUUUGUUGGUUUUCUUAUUGAAUUCUAUUUGAAAAAAAUAGAAACUGAUCUCAAAAAUUGUUGGUCUCACACACAUACACAAUCGUCAGUAAAUCGAAUAACCAACCAAAAAUAAUACAUAAACAAAAUAAAUAAAUAAAUACAAAACGAUUUUUGAUCAUCGUUAUUUUGUGGCUUUUUCCAGGUAUCCGGAAUGACAGCGACAUCUUUUCAAAAUAUGGAAGAACCAUUUGUGCAAAUGGUCAAAUAUGUUCUACAAGAUCGAUUCAAUGAGAAAGCCGAAUCACUGUUUAGGAAAUUUUUCCAAUUUUGUCUCAAAUAUUUAUUAGAAGGGUUCAACUCGUAG